AUGAGUGUCACAGUGAAGCAGAAGAAAAACCUUCCUCUUCUACCAAGUAGACUGAGGAAGAUGGGCGAUACCAUCUUGCCCCACACGAAGGGACAGCUGAGUGCACGACCUGCGGAUUCAUUUAAAUCACAGAAAAUCCGUGGCGAACACGUGACACUACUGCUGACAUUCCUUCAAGAAUCUUUUGAUCUUGCGCCUACCACCACCCCGGCAGACAUGGUCUGUAAACUGAGACUAAAGAUGUCCUCUACAGACAACAAGAUCAAGAGAAUGGCAGAGCAACUUAAGGAGCUCAACCUUGGUUCCGAGGUCAAUUCUGUCAGGACUGCACGAGCCUUCAAGAAGUACAUUAGAUCCUCAAAAGAGCAUACCGCUUACCUUGAGAAAACCAUCAAGGGUAAUGAGGCACUCUUGAAGACCUGCAAAGAGAUCGCUGGAGUAUCCGGUCACCAUGCUCCUGCUGGCCUAGCUAACUAUUUCAGCUCCACAUGGAGCCGACAGCGCCACGUCAUCUCAAAGCUCAACAACACCAUCCAGGACUUCAAAGACUCCAAAGCUGACUUAGAAGAGUCUAUCCUGAACGCCCAAGAUCUUGAGAGGAUGAAGACCAAUCGCAUCGUCGAACUCGAGAACGAACUGGACCAUCUCAAGACCAGGAACAACUAUAUGGCCCUUGACCUGAAGCAAACCCAAGAAGAGCGCAAAUCAGACACCAAACUUGUCAGUGACCUAGAGCACAAGAUCCGUGAUCUUCAAAUUGGCAAUGACAGGAAGGUGCUUCAGACUGAGGGUUUGCUUCAGCGCUACGAGGAAGCCGGAGAGGUUGUAUUGAACCUUCAAUCAGAGCUGGAUGAUACCAAACAACUCAACCAGUUUCUCAAUCUACAGAUCAAGGCCUUAGAUAAUGCUAAGGUCGACGAUGAUGCCAAUUGGGAGCAACAGAAGAAGGAACUGGACUCAAAGAUUGAGAAUCUACAAACCAGCGAGCCCAAGAAAGACAACCAGAUCUUGGAGCUUGAGAAAGAAAUUGCCACCUUGCAGACACAGAAACAAGAACUGGAGACAAACCUUGAGCCGCAUGAUCGAACAGAGCGCAAGGGCGACAGCCUUGUUCUGACCUUGCAAAGGAAAUUCUCCGACUUGGAGCAGGAGAAGAAAGAUCUGACUUCCCAACUCCAGCGCAUGCGCCAAGAGAAAGAUGAUCUCAUCUCACAGCAUGAAGCAGCUAUAACUCGGGUUAAGAAGGAGAAAGAUGAUCUGAUCUCACAGCAUAAAGUAGCUAUAACUCGGGUUAAGAAGGAGAAAGGAAACCUAGCCAUACUACAUCAGGGUUUGAUAGAUGAACGUCAGGAAUCCAUCACUCUGAUCCAGCGAUGUUCUGAUGAGCAUGAGUGCUCGGAUCUUCUUUUAAGAAGAACUACAGAAAGAUUGCAGUCCGCACUGCGAGAGAAAGAGAUCCUUCUGACAGAAAACAUCGGUCAUGCCAAUGAGGUUUCUCACCUGAAGUCAAAGCUAAAACAUCUAAAGUCCAAACUAAAGGAAAAAAAGGAGAAACACCGCGUGAAGACCCAACAUACCUCUCGCAAGGAGAAGGUGGUCAACGUAGUCGUGGUCCAAGAAGACAAUGAGGAAAAGAUUGAAGCCAUGACUCAAGAUGCUGAGAAGAUGCGAGGAAAGAUCACUCACUUGAAAACCAAAAUUGCGGACAUCUCCUCAGAACUAGAGCAGAGUCAACAAGAUUGUCAGGGGGCGGAGGAAAGGUUUUCCAAAGCUACCCAGCAACUCAAGGAGUUCGAAAGUCGGAUGGAAGAACUGGACAAUCAAUUAACAGCUGUGAAUGAAGAGAAAGAACAUUUCCAAUCUCGCGCUGACAGAAUGGAAGAGGGGAGAGAUGAUUUGUCGGCUCAGCUUAGUAAGACUCGCAAACAAUACCAGGAAUUGGACGAGGGAUUCGCGGCUGUGUAUGCGGAGAAACAAGAACUGCAAGUUCGUACUAUCAGCUUGGAGAAUGAGAAAGACGAACUUUCAGCUCAGCUCAGUAAAAGUCUCCAGCAAUAUCAGGAACUGGACAAUCAAUUAACAGCUGUGAAUGAAGAGAAAGAACAUCUUCAAUCUCGCGCUGACAGAAUGGAAGAGGGGAGAGAUGAUUUGUCGGCUCAGCUCAGUGAGACUCGCAAACAAUACCAGGAAUUGGACGAGGGAUUCGCGGCUGUGUAUGCGGAGAAACAAGAACUGCAAGUUCGUACUAUCAGCUUGGAGCAAGAAAAAGACGAACUUUCAGCUCAGCACAGUAAAGGUCUCCAGCAAUAUCAGGUAUACAAGAUACAAACCACAAGUCAAAAUGUGCUUUUUUUAAAGCCUGCAUUAAACACAACCUAG